CGUGCGUGCGUGCGUGCGUGCGUGCGUCCAUACACUGCGCCGCCGUGAGGUGAUGAACAAACCCCGAAUGGGGCGGGCCGGUUGAGAAACAGACAAAGGCGUGUUGCCCACUGUGUGCUUGCGCGUGAAUUUACGUGUAUGAUAGGGUCUAUAUGAGAGUUGUCAGGCGGGGGUUCGACUGCAAACUGGCGGUAUCCUUCUCUAGAGCUUCGCGCACCCGACUGCAGCAGGUCUAUCGAGAGAGUCUAGCGCAAGAAGUUGCGGAGGAGGCUUCAUGCUAGCUCGUCUUUGACAUCCAAGAAGAAAUUCAACACACUCAAAACCUCAAGAUGGACUUUGUGAUGAAACAAGCUUUAGGUGGUGCCACCAAGGACAUGGGCAAGAUGUUGGGCGGCGAGGAGGAGAAGGACCCUGACGCGGCCAAGAAAGAGGAAGAGCAUCAAGAGGCCCUGAGGCAGCAGGAGGAGGAACGGAAGGCAAAACAUGCCCGCAUGGAGGCUGAGAGGGAGAAGGUCCGGCAGAGCAUUCGGGACAAGUACGGCCUGAAGAAGAAGGAGGAGAAGGAGGCAGAGGAGAAGGCGGCGCUGGAGCAGGCCUGUGAGGGCUCUCUGACGCGUCCCAAGAAGGCCAUCCCCAGAGGUUGUGGAGAUGAUGACGAUGAUGAUGACGAGAGUAUCCUGGAUACUGUCCUCAAGUUUCUGCCUGGCCCGCUGCAAGACAUGUUCAAGAAGUAGACCCGGAAGGAAAACUGGGGAGGGGAAGUGAAUUGGGGGAAAAGAUGAUGCAUCUUCAGGGAGGCAUGGUCUUGCCAAGCUGUUGGAGGCUUCACGCUGCCUUUUCUCCAACUUUGUGUUUUUAUUAUUAUUUUUCUAUUUCCUGCAACAUUUUUGGGUUAUUUCAUUUGAUACUACCAGGCCAUUUGACUGGUCGGCAGUCACCUGUCACUCGGCAGACGGUAUACCGAAUCCCAAAUUGAAAGCAUUUUUCUUUUUUUUGUCUUCACCGCUGAUGGAUGCGGAGAAUGCAGGUCAACAUGUUGUGUUAUAUUAGAUCGCGAGUCAAAAACGAGCCAUUUGAAAGCGUAAACGGAAAAAAGAAGACGGUAUGAUCCUUCACAAACAAAUUGGCUUUUUAUUCAUUUGUUUGCUAAACUACCAAAGGUUGGGUCAACUUGAGCCACCUACCUGGGUCAGGGUUUUUUUAUGUCCGGUUUGAAAGAAAGGACAGACAACAUGUACUUUUUGGGGGCUUCUGUAAAUAUUUGACUGCAGGACUUUCUUUCCUUACAUCUUCUGUAUGAGAGUGCCAACUUGAUCUGAAUCUGUAUAACAAUUAAUUGCGACUUUUUAACAUUAGAAGUUGAAGAUGUAGUGAGGUCCCCUUAGACAAUCAACAGAAACUUAGGGAAAUGUUGCGUGGCUGGAGGGUAUAGGGGGAACGUUCAAAAUCACUUGGCCCAGAGAGACCAAAGAUCACACGUGUUAUACACGUCAUUCUUCUUUGAGCCACCCAAAGCAAACGGAAUUAUGACAUCAAUCUGUGCUUCAGCAGUGCGUUAGUGGUUCAUUAUGGGUACAUUACCAUGCUUCAUUAGUAAAUCAGCGACGUAUCGACGCAUAGUUGCUGCAUCAGCAAUGUCUGAGAGGUGCAUCAACGGUGUACCGGUGGUGUGUUCGGACUCCAUCGGUGAUGGUGCUUGAGAGGUACUGUAUUGCAUCGCUGGUGCUAGCUAUAGUGGCGAGCAGGAAACAUGGUAAGUACUUGAAUACGACGUGACGUUUGGAAGAGCAAACACUGUUAACAUGUGGCGAAAGACAAAGAAGCUAAAGAGCUAAGAUGCUUAGAAGCUUAAAGUUGUCAGGACUGCAGGAAGAAGACAACACUUUAUUGUAGUUUUUGACUAACGGUUAUAAAGGAGCAGAAGAAGACGACGAUUCGGGACUAGACUACAAAGCCAUACGCUUUUGACUUUUUGCAAUAAUUUCUUGAAUGUUUUUAUUGCGUGCGUGCAUGUGCCUUUGUGGCCAUUUACACAACAUGCAUGUAGGAAGAAACCUUCAUUGUGUACCUGUCAAUUUGUGUCUUCUUAAUACUGAACACAUGUUGAUGCAUGCAAAACAAAGACCAAAAUAAUGGGCUGAUACAUUUUUGUGUCUUUGUGGUUUGAGUUUGUCUUUGGUACAGUAACCAAUUGGUUGUGAGCAUCAAGUGCCCUGGCAGUUUACACAAAGGAGACACACACACACAGGAAGUUUGGUUGCAAAUUCUCCGAAUGAGGCCUUGUUGCCUCUUUGCCACAUUUGUGAAUUGCGGGGCGGGAGUGCACAGGCUAAAGAUGCUACAAGCUAACUUGUUGCAUAUUUGUCUACAUAAAUUAGCUCACCGUGGCUACAGAUUUGCUCAUCCGUUGACUUCAUACAACACUUUUGAUGACAUUCGAAAGCCUCUUUCAAAGUCAUAUCUGCGUUAAAUCCGCUACAGAGAAUUGGGGUCAUUUUGCCGGAUUGUGUCACUACACGCAUGGAGAGACAGUCAGCAUCUUUUACUGGUUUCUGCAUGAAAGGUAGAGGUGCAUCAUUAUGGACUCACCCGUUUCAAAUUUGAUGAACUACAUGUGAAGAAACUCAAGCCCCUUUCAUACUCCCCCACGAGACCAACACAUUAUCGACUUUACCUCAAAUUUCUGUCUACCUUUAUGCUCAAAUGCUAAUUGUGAUGUUAGCUCCUGUUUCGAAAAUGAAUCAUGGCGUCGCUUGUGCUCUGACUUUCUCUGACACUUGAUCAAAUUCAUUCAGAUGUUUAGCUGUUGCAUUUAUUUGUUGGUGUGUGGUUCCUCUUCCACCUGUCACGUUUGCUAGUAUGGCCUCUUGGCUAAACCACGCGCCUUUCAAAAGGGCUAUUCCGCUACAUUUUGCAUACGCUUGUUCCUUAUCUUCAUCGGGAGCUGACGUGGGGGUGAAUGUGCGAGAUGAUCACGGGAGCCCAUCGUUGUCAUUGUCGUUCUUUUGACGAGUCGCACUUUAACGCUGACUGUCCUGUUGCGUUGUCUGCCAAAUGAUACAUGUCAUUCAAUUUGAUGUAGACUUCAUUGUGUGUGUGUGUGUGUGUGUGUGUGUGUGUGUGUGUGUGUGUGUGUGUGUGUGUGUGUGUGUGUGUGUGUGUGUGUGCGUGCGCACCACAGCCACCUGGAGGCAGUAUAAGACAAAUACACUGGUAUGUUGCCUGACAAGCGACACUACGAUUUUUUGUGAAGGAUAAAAUAUACGACUGUGAGCCGGUCGGACAGUUUUUAUUUUGAGGCGGCAAUGUAUUUAAAUUUGUGUGAAAUUUUGAUUUGCAUGAGUGGACCUUAACAAGAUUAUGAAGUUACAUUUGCGCCCAUUAACUGGCGUCACCUCUUGUUCGAUGGCUCCUGCUCCUGUUAACAUGCUUUAGCCCAGGUGAGCUCAUUUAGCUUUUGUUAGCACAAGAUGUUUCAAAUUAUUACGUGCUAGCAGUUUGCUCAUUGGCAUAGUUAUCAGCAUCAACUGCCAUUAUUGCUCUGAACUGCCUUUUUUGAUAUCAAGGUUUUUACUUGUCACGUACACUUUUGUGUGAUCACCAAGAAGGAAUCAAACCUAUCAAUGAGUCAUUGGUUUCUUUAUUUGGAAUUUUCUUUCAUUCGUUCAGGGUAAAAACGAUUUCAGGUGAAUGUCAACAAUUAAGUUUGAAAAAUAAAAUCUGAAAAAU